AUGGGUGACGCAGCCAACGGUGUCGCCGCUCAGGCGGAGCGCUUUGCUAUCGGUAUCUCCUUUGGCAACUCCUACAGUUCAAUUGCUCGCAUUUCUGCUGAUGGCAAGGCUGAGGUCAUCGCUAACGAGGAGGGUGACCGUCAAAUCCCUUCCGUUCUUUCCUACAUCGAGGGCGAGGAGUACCACGGUACUCAGGCCAAGUCCCAGCUCAUUCGCAACUCCGGCAACACCGUCGCAUACUUCCGGGAUUUCCUGGGCAAGGACUUCAAGUCCAUCGACCCGACCCCAUGCCACGCCUCUGCCCACCCCCAGCAGAGCGAGUCGACCAUUGCUUUCUCCAUCCGUGACACCCCUAGCGAGACCCCUAACUCUGCGACCGUUUCUGAGAUCACCACCCGCCACCUUCGUCGUCUCAAGCAGUCCGCCACUGACUUCCUGGGCAAGGAGGUCAAUGCGGCCGUUAUCACCGUCCCCACCAACUUCGCCGAUGCCCAGCGUGAGGCUCUCGUCGCCGCCGCUAAGGCUGCCGGAAUUGAUGUCCUCCAACUCAUCCACGAGCCCGUUGCUGCCGUCAUGGCCUACGAUGCCCGCCCUGAGGCCACUGUUACCGACAAGCUGACUGUUGUGGCUGACCUGGGCGGUACCCGCUCUGAUGUUGCCGUUGUUGCCUGCCGCGGUGGCAUUUACACCAUCCUGGCUACUGCCCACGACUAUGAGCUGGGUGGGGCCUCUCUGGACCAGAUCAUCAUCGACCACUUCGCCAAGGAGUUCUUGAAGAAGCACAAGAUCGACCCCCGCGAAGAUGCCCGUGGCCUGGCCAAGCUCAAGCUGGAGGGUGAGGCUACCCGCAAGGCUCUCAGCCUGAGCUCCAACGCUCAGCUCAGCGUCGAGUCCCUCGCCAACGGCAUUGACUUCGGCUCCACCGUUAACCGUACCCGAUUCGAGCUGCUCUCCGGCAAGGUCUUCGGCCAGUUCACCCGUCUGAUUGAGCAGGUCGUGAAGAAGGCCGAUCUCGAUGUUCUGGACAUUGAUGAGGUCAUCUUCUCCGGCGGUGCUUCCCACACCCCCAAGAUCGCCCAGCUUGCUCGCAACAUCUUCCCCGAGAAGACCGCCAUCUUGGCUCCCUCCACCCUCACGUCGGCGAUCAACCCCUCCGAGCUGUCUGCCCGUGGUGCCGCUUUCCAGGCCUCUCUGGUCCAGGAGUUCGACCACGAGGACAUCGAGCAGUCCAUUCACCCCAUGGUCACUGUUACUCCCCACCUGAGCAAGGCCAUCGGCGUUGAGUUCACCUCUAGCACCGACACCACCUUCCAGCCCCUUCUCAAUGCCGAGACAGCUCUUCCUGCCCGCCGCAUUGCUCAGUACGUUGCCCCCAAGGAGGGUGGCGAUGUACUUGUCCGUGUGUGCGAGGGUGCCCGCGACAUCAAGGUCACUAAGCCUGAGCCCAAGGCCAAGGAGGAGAAGCCCGCUGACGACGAGGACUCUGACUUCUCUGAUGAGGAUGACGAGGAGGAGGAUGUCCGUGAGAUCGUCUGGAAGACCGAGAAGCCCGUUGCCGAGCUCGCCGUCAAGGGUGUCAAGGCCGGCGCCAAGGUCGAGGUCAUGGUCCACGUCAACCCCGACCUGGGUCUCCAGAUCGCCGUGCGCGAGGUCGGUGGCUCUACUGCCGUCCGUGGUGCCAUCAACGGCUCCGCUUAA